CGGCGGGGCUCCAGGGGUCUGGCCUGGGCGGCGGCGGCGGAUGUGGGCGUGGGCUCUGUGCCUCCCGGGUCUUUAAAGCGCCUUUCCGGGAGGCCAGGGUCUGUGUCCUGAGGGGAAGUUAGGGCAGCCAGCUGUGGGUGGGGUUCAGUACAUCGGCAUCAUGUGGAUCCAGGUUCGAACUAUGGAUGGGAAGGAGACCCACACCGUGAACUCUCUGUCCAGGUUGACCAAGGUGCAGGAGCUGAGGAAAAAGAUUGAGGAAGUGUUUCACGUGGAACCCCAACUGCAGAGACUCUUUUACAGGGGCAAACAGAUGGAGGACGGCCACACACUCUUUGAUUAUGAUGUGCGCCUCAAUGACACAAUCCAGCUGCUUGUGCGCCAGAGUCUGGCACUGCCUCUCAGUACAAAAGAACGGGACUCGGAGCUCUCAGACUCGGACUCUGGCUAUGGUGUGGGUCACAGUGAAUCAGACAAGUCGUCCACGCAUGGUGAAGGGGCAGCUGAAGCGGAUGACAAGACUGUGUGGGAGGACACGGACCUGGGGCUGUACAAGGUCAAUGAGUAUGUGGACGUGCGUGACAAUAUCUUCGGUGCAUGGUUUGAGGCCCAGGUGGUCCAGGUACAGAAGAAAGCCCUAUCUGAGGACGAGCCCUGUAGCUCCAGUGCCGUUAAGACCUCGGAGGAUGACAUCAUGUACCAUGUCAAGUAUGAUGACUAUCCAGAGCAUGGAGUGGACAUUGUCAAAGCCAAGAAUGUCCGUGCUCGUGCUCGAACUGUGAUCCCAUGGGAGAACCUGGAGGUGGGUCAGGUGGUCAUGGCCAACUAUAACGUGGACUACCCCAGGAAACGUGGCUUCUGGUAUGAUGUUGAGAUCUGUAGGAAGCGCCAAACCAGGACGGCACGUGAGCUAUACGGCAACAUCAGGCUCUUGAAUGACUCUCAGCUCAAUAACUGUCGGAUUGUGUUUGUGGAUGAAGUCUUGAUGAUUGAGCUCCCUAACGAGAGGAAGCCUUUGAUCGCUAGCCCCUCGCAACCCCCUCCUGCCCUCCGGAACACAGGGAAGAGCGGCCCAUCCUGCCGGUUCUGCAAGGAUGAUGAAAACAAACCAUGUCGAAAGUGUGCCUGCCACGUGUGUGGUGGGCGAGAGGCUCCUGAGAAACAGCUGUUGUGUGAUGAGUGUGACAUGGCCUUCCACCUGUACUGCCUGAAGCCACCGCUCACCUCUGUCCCCCCUGAGCCGGAGUGGUACUGCCCUAGCUGCCGCACUGACUCAAGUGAGGUGGUACAAGCAGGGGAGAAGCUGAAGGAGAGCAAGAAGAAGGCGAAAAUGGCAUCAGCCACUUCCUCCUCCCGGCGGGACUGGGGCAAGGGCAUGGCAUGUGUGGGCCGCACCACAGAGUGUACCAUUGUGCCCGCCAACCACUUCGGGCCCAUCCCUGGUGUCCCUGUGGGCACCAUGUGGCGCUUCAGAGUCCAGGUCAGUGAGUCCGGUGUGCAUCGGCCUCAUGUGGCAGGCAUCCAUGGCCGGAGCAACGACGGUGCCUACUCAUUGGUCCUGGCUGGUGGCUAUGAGGAUGAUGUGGACAAUGGCAAUUACUUCACAUAUACAGGGAGUGGUGGCCGAGACCUGUCUGGCAACAAGCGUACAGCAGGCCAGUCCUCUGACCAGAAGCUCACUAAUAACAAUAGGGCUUUGGCACUCAAUUGCCACUCCCCAAUCAAUGAGAAAGGUGCGGAGGCUGAAGACUGGCGCCAAGGGAAGCCAGUGCGCGUGGUCCGGAACAUGAAGGGCGGGAAACACAGCAAGUACGCACCCGCAGAGGGCAACCGCUACGAUGGCAUCUACAAGGUGGUGAAGUACUGGCCAGAGAGAGGAAAAUCUGGUUUCCUCGUGUGGCGUUAUCUCCUUCGACGAGAUGACACAGAGCCUGAGCCCUGGACCCGGGAGGGCAAGGACCGCACUCGGCAGCUGGGGCUCACUAUGCAGUACCCUGAAGGCUACUUGGAGGCCUUGGCUAACAAGGAGAAGAGCAGGAAGCGCCCAGCCAAGGCCUUGGAGCAGGGACCCUCAUCUUCCAAGACAGGCAAAAGCAAGCAGAAGUCCACAGGGCCAACCCUCUCCAGCCCCCGUGUCUCUAAGAAGAGCAAGCUGGAGCCGUACACACUCUCAGUGCAGCAGACCAACCUCAUCAAAGAGGACAAGGGCAACGCCAAGCUGUGGGAUGAUGUGCUAAGUUCACUUCAGGAUGGGCCGUAUCAGAUCUUCCUGAGCAAGGUGAAAGAGGCUUUCCAGUGCAUCUGCUGCCAGGAGCUGGUGUUCCGGCCAGUCACCACCGUGUGUCAGCACAACGUCUGUAAGGACUGUCUGGACAGGUCCUUCCGGGCCCAGGUGUUCAGCUGCCCAGCCUGUCGCUACGAGCUGGACCACAGCUCCCCAACCCGGGUGAAUCAGCCCUUGCAGACCAUUCUCAACCAGCUCUUCCCUGGCUAUGGCAGCGGCCGGUGAUGCUAAGACCCAGGCAGAGGGCUCAUGGUUCCAACUUCAUAGUGUGUUUAGCUUGAAGGUGUUGUCCUUCACGUCUGUCUGUGGCAACUCUUCCAAUCUGGUCACCAGUUAACCAGGCAUCUAUAGGAAUCCCAUGUUCUGGCUACCAGUUGGACUUCUGUUUUUCAUUCCCCCACCCCCUUUCUGUAACACAGCCUGCGAUUUAUUGUCCAAGAGAAGGAAAAAAAUUUUUUCUUUCUUUUUUUUUUUUUUUGAGAUGGGUUUAGAAAGCAUUGAGUUUCAUACCAGACCUCAUGUCAUGCUGGUAGUUCUCCCCACAGCAGCUGCCUAGAAACCAUCUGCAGCCAUCUUUGAAAAGCCCAGACAUGUCUUCCUGGCAGCUAUCUGUGUGCUUCAUUCCAGGGGUAGCCCCUGCAGCUGCCCCUCAGACCUUCAUAGAUGCCCUGGCCUGCUAUUCGCCAACACGAUUGCAGAGGGGAGGGCUGUGGCCUCAGGCCAGGGGACCAGCUGGGCUGAAGCUGCAUGUGCCUUGCUCUUGUUACUUCUUCACUACCCUCACCACUGAGCAUUGGAUGUCCACCUUGGAAGCCUGGUUUUCAGAGAGCGCACUGACUAGGUGUCAUGGAAGGCUGAGAUGUGUUAUCAGUUCCAUCUCAUUUUUAACUCAGCAACUGAGAAUUCUGAGGGUUUCUGUAUUAUGGGUUUUUUUAUUUUUAUUUUUUAAAGCGAGAUAAAUGGGUUUCCUCGAUGAAUUUCUUUUGUAGUUACAGCCUGUACUGAGGAGGAUGUUUUCCUUGGUGGGUUUUGUUUCUUUUGUAACUUUACCAAAGUGUGCAGGUGUGUCUCAUGGAAACUGAACCAUUUACUACAGGCAGACUGGACAGCACAGUUCUAAGGGUUGUGUUUUGUUUUGUGUGGGGUAAUUUUUCCUUGUUAGAUUGUUAACAUAUUGCAAUAAAAUAAAAUUCUGG